AUGAUUUCCUUUUCAGUUUUAGUCAUUUAUAUGUUUUCUUUUCUCAUGAUGGCCGCCAACGUCAAAUUCGCCGCGGCCGACGACUGCGUCGAAGCCACGGAGAUUUGCUAUAAUUACAACAGUGACUUACACGCUUUAUUGGAAAACCAAGUGAAUCUUGAACUGAAAGCGAGUUACUUUUAUCAAAUUUAUGGAAAUUAUUUCGAUCGCAGUGAUGUUGCUCUCCCAGGUUUCACCGAAUACUUUUUGCGAGAGUCACUACAUGAACACACACAUGCUGAUAACCUACUCCGUUACAUCAAUCAAAGAGGAGGAAAAACAAUAUUUAAGAGCAUCAAUAAAAAAAUCUGUUUGCUCAUAUCUAUGUAUCUAUUUAUGGAUAAAUCUAUGCCUUUCAUUAUCUAUCUAUCUAUCUAUCUAUCUAUCUAUCUAUCUAUCUAUCUAUGUGAGUCUGUUUAUAUCUAUCUAUCUAUCUAUCUAUCUACUAAAAGGAGAAUUAGGGGGAAUUUCAGUUAUAUAACGAUCACUGACAUCUGCGACUCUGUAGAAAACAUAGCUUUCUGCGAAUACAUUGUCUUCAAUAAUUACAUGGACAACAAAAUUGGAUUAUGGGCUUUGAGAGAUGCUCUUAGCAUCGAGAAAGUUGUAAUGGAAUCCUUAACGUAUAUCGUGAUGUCCAGUAAAAAUGACAGUCAGCUUAGCCAUUACAUCGAACAUGAGUAUUUAGACGAGCAGGUUCAGACAAUGAAAAGAUUGGGUUCUUUCAUUGGCCAGCUGAAUAUGCUUAUACUUAUCUAUCUAUCUAUCUAUCUAUCUAUCUAUCUAUAUAUAUAUUGA